CGUGUUCGGAAGAUCGGUGCUGUUGGGGAGCAGAGACGUGGUAUUUGAGGCAAGGGCUAGCAUUGGCAGUCUGGUGAUGACACGUCCCUUUUCCGUGCCGCCCCCCCGGCUCUCUGACACCGCAUCUGCAUCAGUAGUGAGCGAACCAACUGUGACACUCGUGCCGCCACACAGACCGAGCUCCGUCCGUUCAUUAGUCCGUCACAAAUUAUUUUGCUUCCCUGUCCCCUCUAAACAAUUUCAAUAUCCACGAUGCAAGAACCGAGCUCUCUUUGAAGGUGACAUGUGCCAAGAAAUGCUGAAGGGCAGAACGGCCGCCAAGAAUCGGAGAUAGCAAUUGAAGACGUGUUAAUAUUAGUGGCGCGUAGGUAUAUACCUGCUGCGUGCUACUCUUUUUCUCCUGUUUAAAUAGAGUUGAAAUAAGAUACAGGCAUUGAAAAGCGCAAAGAUGGCAACUUUGAUCAGGAACAAGCUCUCAAACGCUGCCACCUCAGUGUCCAACAAGUCACAAGCAAAGGUAAGCGGCAUGUUCGCCAGAAUGGGCUUCCAGGCAGCCACGGACGAGGAAGGGCUUGGGUUCGCAGCCUGCGACGACCUGGACUAUGAACACAGGCAGGCGGUGCAGAUGGACAUCCUAAAAACUGACGAUGUCGGCGUGGAUGCGACCGGAGAGCCGAUGGCGGAAGGGGACAGCCAUUACCAAAGGGACGGGACGGGUCCCCCGCCCUCAGCUUCCAAAGAUGAUGGGAUGUGUGCCGAGUUAGCUAGCCAGGACAGGCCUAAAAUUACUGCAUGGGAAGCCGGCUGGAACGUUACCAAUGCCAUCCAGGGGAUGUUCGUCCUUGGGUUGCCCUACGCCAUUCUACACGGUGGAUAUCUAGGACUCUUUCUAAUCAUAUUUGCCGCAGUGGUUUGCUGCUACACCGGUAAAAUACUUAUCGCUUGUCUGUACGAGGAAAACGAAGACGGGCAGCUUGUGCGAGUGAGGGACUCCUAUGUGGACAUUGCCAAUGCCUGCUGCUCCCCCCGCUUCCCCAGACUGGGCGGCGUCAUUGUGAAUGUAGCUCAGCUCAUUGAGUUGGUGAUGACCUGUAUUUUGUACGUGGUGGUGAGCGGCAACCUGAUGUACAACAGCUUCCCCACCUUGCCCGUCUCUCAGAAGUCCUGGGCCAUCAUGGCCACCGCCAUCCUGCUGCCCUGCGCCUUCUUGAAGAACCUCAAGGCCGUCUCCAAGUUCAGCUUGCUGUGCACGCUAGCGCAUUUCGUCAUCAACAUCCUCGUGAUCGCCUACUGCCUCUCCAGAGCGCGGGACUGGGCCUGGGACAAGGUCAAGUUCUACAUUGACGUCAAGAAGUUCCCCAUCUCCAUCGGGAUCAUCGUGUUCAGCUACACCUCGCAGAUUUUCCUGCCCUCCUUGGAAGGCAACAUGCAGAAACCCAAGGAGUUCCACUGCAUGAUGAACUGGACUCACAUCGCCGCCUGCAUCCUCAAGGGACUGUUCGCCUUGAUGGCUUACUUAACCUGGGCUGACGCCACCAAGGAGGUCAUCACAGACAACUUGCCGUCCACCAUCAGGGCGGUGGUCAACAUUUUCCUGGUAGCCAAAGCCUUGCUGUCUUACCCACUGCCGUUCUUCGCUGCAGUGGAGGUCUUCGAAAAGUCGCUCUUCCAACAGGGGGACAGAUCUAUUUUCCCAAAUUGCUACGGGGAAGGCGGGAGGUUGAAAUCCUGGGGCCUCUCUCUCAGAUGCGCCCUGGUGGUGUUCACCUUGCUGAUGGCGAUCUACGUGCCCCACUUCGCCCUGCUCAUGGGUCUCACGGGCAGCAUGACGGGAGCGGGGCUCUGCUUCCUGCUCCCCAGCCUCUUUCACUUGAAGUUGUUGUGGAGGAAGCUGCUUUGGCACCACGUCUUCUUCGAUGUCGCCAUAUUUGUAAUAGGAGGUAUAUGCAGUAUUUCAGGCUUCAUCCACUCAAUGGAGGGGCUUAUAGAGGCAUACAAAUACAAUAUUAAUGAUUAAACAGAGGCUGGGGUGCAAGCAGUGUUAAUGACACCUUCACGCGCGCGCACACACACACACACCACAUACACGCACGCUCACACACCCACGCACACACACACACACAAACACGUAUCGAGUCGCCACCCAGAAAGAAGAGUGCAGCUCCAAGUUUAUUAUUAUUAUUAUUAUUAUUAUUAUUAUUAUUAUUAUUAUUA